AUGGAUAUUGCAGAAUCCACUGCCAUCGAGAUUUUAGAACACUUCACCAGAGCAAUAUGGAAUGUGUACCAUGAGCAUUAUCUCCGCCGACCAACACCGGCUGAUCUGCGACGACUUCUCGACAAGGCAGCAGAAAGAGGAUUUCCAGGAAUGAUCGGGAGCCUCGAUUGUAUGCACUGGCAGUGGAAAAAUUGUCCCACCGGAUGGGGAGGCCAGUAUACUGGCUAUAAGGGGAAACCAACAAUCAUCUUAGAGGCAGUGGCAUCCUACGAUACUUGGAUUUGGCACGCCUUCUUCGGCCUUCUAGGUUCCCUAAACGACAUUAAUGUCCUUGGACAGUCACCUUUGUUUAAUGAUGUGGCUCGUGGUGAAACUCCUCAG